AGGAUACACCAGCAAAUAGCACAAACCACCAAAUGGCAACCAUAGUUUCUCAUGCACCUUGUCUCCUACUUCUCUUCCUUCUCUACUGCUGCUUCUUUGCCACUCCCUCCCAAGCCCAAGUCACUGCAAACCAAACAUUCAUCUUUGUCAACCAAGGAGAGCUUGGAGACCGGAUAGUCGAGUUCGGAGGUAGCUACCGAGUGAUCCAAACUAAAGCUCAGACCUUCUAUACACAUCCCUUCAGACUAUGCUUCUACAACACUACCCCGGACUCUUACAUAUUUGCCAUAAGAAUGGGGGUUCCCAAUGAUGAGGGCCUCAUGCGGUGGGUCUGGGAUGCAAACCGGAACCACCCAGUGCGCGAGAAGGCCACCCUCUCUCUUGGCCGGGAUGGGAACUUGAUCCUCGCCGACGCAGAUGGGACUGUUUCUUGGCAAACAAACACGGCCAACAAAGGUGUCACGGGAAUAAAGCUGCUUCCAAAUGGUAACUUGGUUCUUCACGACAAGAAUGGAAGAUUUGUAUGGCAAAGCUUUGACUACCCUCAUGAUACUCUUCUAGUGGGGCAGUCGAUCAAAAACAUUACUGGUCAUAACAAGCUUAUCAGUAGAAAAUCCGACGCGGAUGGCUCUGAUGGAACAUACAGUCUUAUUCUUGAUCGAAGUGGUUUCACUAUGUACUUGAAUAACUCCGGCCAGCUUCUUACAUAUGGUGGCUGGACAGAAACUAACUUCGGAACCAAUGUAACAUUUGGCUUUGACACUACAAUUGGUUUUGAUGAUGUCAUAGCGUACGAGCUUGUGCUCAACGGGAACCCAGACCCUGAAGCUCAACCACAAAACCGCCGCCGCCUCCUACAAACCCGUCCUAUUGGCAGUUCUCAGAGUCUCAUCCUCAACCAGCUCCGCUAUGAUGCCAAGUACUCAUUCUUAAGACUUGGAUCAGACGGCAGUCUCAAGGCCUAUACUUACUACAACGAAGUCAGCGACCAGAAGUGGGAUGAGAGUUUCUCAUUCUUUUCCAGUUAUUUCGUCAGGGAAUGUGCAUUGCCAUCAAAAUGUGGAUCUUAUGGGUACUGUAGCAAAGGCAUGUGCGUGGCAUGCCCAAGUCCAAAAGGGCUUCUAGGUUGGAGCAAGGCAUGCGCGCCACCGAAGUUGGCAGCAUGUAAGAGCGGAGCAAAGGCAAACUACUAUAAGAUUGGAGCUGUUGAGCACUUUUUGAGUCCCUAUUUGGACGGUGGAGAUGGACCAAUAAAGGUUGAAGAAUGUAGAGCCAAGUGUGAUAAAGAUUGCAAGUGUUUAGGGUUCUUUUACAGGGAAACCAGCUCAAAGUGUCUGCUAGCACCAGUGCUUGGGACUCUUAUUAAGGAGGUGAAUACUUCGGUUGGUUACAUCAAGUAUGGAAUCUAGAAAUGUUGCUGAGUAUAUGCUUCUCAAGAAUGAAAGUUUAUGUGAUAGCUACCUAUUUGAAUCUGCAGGAUAGUGAAUGUGUGGUUUUUUUAGUUCUCUUUAUCCUAGAUGUCAUCUAUAAAGCGCAUACACUACUUAAAUAAUUAUCUUCACAAUUUUUCUUCUUUUAUCUGUAAGCAGUUUUAGGUUUCAGUGAAACUUGGAGGUUUUUUUACUGUUCAUUACUUCCUUUUAACAAUCUAUAAAACAAA